GUGGAUCAAUACGUUGUACAACGUGGCGGUUAAAAUAUAGUUUUGCCUUCCAUGUGCUUGACGUGUUUUGCUAUGUGAUACUUCGGCUAAGAGCCAGCAACUGUGCGUUAGUUCCGCCAUUGCCAAACUGUGAUAUUUUGGCGACGUAGAUUAACCCUGGAAUAAAUUACUAUGAGCCAUCUUACCUCGCCUGAUCCCUUUUGGAAGGACACGUCGUCCAAGCCAUCCUUAGCAGUUUGGAAUCGUUGGAAACGAAUCUUCUGUGACUACCUUGAGCUUUUCACAAUUACACACCCCCACAUCCAACUUAGUAGAACCCAAUCUAUCAAACUACUGAGACAACACCUCGAUGCAGAAGGUCAACGGCAUUUUGAUGCGUUGCGUUUGUACGAAAGCACAUCCCUGACGGACUGCUUUAACGCCCUGGAUGGCCUUUGGGGGCCGCGGCAACAUGUUUUUACUGCGCGCCUAAGUUUUUCUCAUUUACGACAGGGAGAAGAGGAGAGGGUUAAUGAAUUCAUCAGUCGUAUACAAAAGUCCCUUCCUGACUGCCGUUGCAAUGAAAUUCCCACAACGAAAUUCGAAGGGACGAUGGCGGUGCAAUGCCUUUUGGUUGGCAUUCGAGACGAUAAAGCUAGAGAGCGUCUGCUGUCAGAAGAGGAGAAUAAACUCACUUGGGAAACAGCCUGCUCACUGAUCAGACAAGGGAGAGCGUUGUGCAACAAAUAAUUCAGUAUCGAAGUGAUUCUCCUUCAGAUGUCGUUCAUGCUAUUAAAUCUCAACUAACACACAACAACAAAUGUUUCUUUACGUGCAACAGAUGCGGCGAGAAGCAUGGAAAUCUCACUGAUUGCAGACACUAAAAGUCUACUUGUCAUAAGUGCACGCGUAUGUCGUUCGACUGUGCUUCAACGACCGACACCCCGCCAUGCCCAUGGUAUUCUUCGAACUGUGGCAAACACUGACGAUCCCACAUUCUAUCUAAGUUCGCGCACAACCACAUCGCACGCAAUGGGAAUACCCCCGUACACUGUUUAUUUAAACAUGGAAGGCCAGCCAAUAUGUCUGGAGAUCGAUAACGGGGCCUCGGUUACAUUGCUGAACAACGAUCAUACACUGGGGAAAUACUCGAUGUUUUGGGUGGGUGUGACGUGAAAAUACAUCAUGGGGACAAUAUGACUCUUCCUCUAAUCGCUGUUAACACAGACGGACCUAAUCUACUUGAGAGGAACUGGUUAAAGGACAUGCUGGA